AUGAAGAAUCAGUAUGUUCCUGUGGUGGAGCACAAGGGAAAGACCAUCCAGGAUAUUCUGGCUGAGAAUGAAAUGAAGAGAAACGACAAAUUGCACACCUUCACCAACCUUUACACUGAAAUAAAUGGACGGACGAUUGUAGGAAUCCCUGAGAUUUCUUCUGUAACUCUAUUGGAUGGACAACAGAUUGAUUAUUAUGACAGUGAGAUAAACAAGCUGAUUCCCAAACAAGACUGGAUGAAGGAGUUCAGUGCAUCUGGAGACAAAUGGGAAGAAUAUAUUGAGAUCAGAGAACGAGUACAGCAGAAUAACACAAUCAACAUUACUAUUCUAAUGGAGCAAUUAAAUCACUUGCAUGGUGUUCGCACAUAUCAGAGGAUGUAUGGAUGUGAUUGGGAUGAUAAGACUAAUAUCUCGCAUGGGUUUGAUCAGCACGGUUAUAAUGGAGAGGAUUUCAUCUCACUAAAUGUGGAAUACAGCAUGUACUUAGCAUCUGUAUGGCGUGCAGUACGCACAAUGAUAAAGUGGAAUGAUGACAAAGGACAACUUGAAUUUCUCAAACAAUACUAUGGACAUGAGUGUGUUGAUUGGUUAAAAUAUUUCUUGACGUUAAGGAAAGCAGAUUUAGAGGAAGAGGUAGCUUCUCCUGAAGUGUCUGUGUUUCAGAGGAAUUCCUCCUCUCCAGUGAUGUGUCAUGUCACUGGUUUCUACCCAUCAGAAAUAACUAUAACCUGGUUAAGAAAUGAAGAGGAGCAUAAUGAGGAUGUGGAGUUUGGAGAUCUACUGCCAAAUGAGGAUGGGACCUUCCAGAAGACUGUUACCCUCAAUGUUACUCCAGAAGAGUGGAAGAAGAAUGAGUAUUUUUGUCUGGUGGAGCAUGAGGGAAACACUGUGUGGAUGACUAAGCACGAGCUCAAGAGUAGCUACGGUAAGUUGUUAACAGUUCUGUUGUACUGUCGAGUUUGUCAAGCUUAA